UGGCAACAUUUGAACAUGUUGAAGCGCUUCACAUUCACGUGUGAAAUGAUAUCCACAUGAUCAAUGAUCUAAGAACAUGUCGAAGCGCUUCACUCUCGACCGUUGAUCGUGCCCUCCUAAUUAAACGGCGUUUAAAACGGAGAACGUGGGAAGCGUACGUUUGAGAACAGAAGAAAGUGACAGGAAUAUUGAUUAGUCUCCAAAUCUGUAUUCAUCAUGAUAAAAUGCUAUAUAUACAGAGUUCUUUUUGUCCAAAGUUCCUCAUUGUUGCUUACUUCAUCAGUUCCGUUUUCUACUCUCUGUUUCUUAUGCUCUUUCUAUCCCAAAAUACAGUUAACAGAAAAUUAUAUAACUCUAUAUGAUGGCGGGCGAAAUUCAAGAACCGCUUAACCUAAGCCUUCUGGAGAAUUCUAUUAACUCAGGAUCCGUUUCAUUUGGAAGAUUUGAGAAGGAAGUUUUAUCAUGGGAGAAGAGAUCAUCUUUUUCUCACAAUAGAUAUCUAGAAGAGGCUGAGAAAUUAUCUAAGCCUGGCUCUGUUACUCAGAUGAGAGCUCAUUUCGAGGCACAUUUUAAGAAAAAAGGAAUCCAACUUCCGACUUCUGUAGAACCUCAAACAUGGGGACAAGUAGCUCAACAUCAUCAACAAACUGCUAGUGAGAAAGAAGAAGUUUUGUCGGAGAGUAUGAGUCAGUGUAGCUACUACAGCUAUGAACUAGACAAAUGUGAUAGAGAAAAGAGCCCAUUCGGCGAGUCUUGUGUGAGCUGUGUGUCUUAUGGAGAGACUCUUCUGAAUUCUGAUGAUGAUCAUAGUUCUCUUUCUGUUGCUUUGGAGAAGACUAAUAUUGGUUGCAUUGAGAAAAGUACAGUUACAUUGAAGCCUUUAAAAAAUGACCGGAAAGCUAUUAAUUGUUAUGAGAAAACGACUAAAGCUACUACCAAGAAGCAUGUUGUCAAGGGCUCUUCAAGUUGUAAUACUAAGACCAGUUUUGACACUAAGAGAGGAAAGGAACUGAAGCCGACAAGGAUUAUUAAAUCCCUUGCAUCUCAAGCUUCAAUAUCAAAGAAAACUGAGAGCCUAACUUCUCUAGCCACAAGCAAGCUCAGGUCCAAGACUUGUAUUGGUUCUUCUAUAAAAGAGAGAACAGCCACUAUUGGUUUCAGUUCAAGAAGCAACGAGCGAGUUGAGAAGAGAAAGGAGGAAAAUGUGGAAGCUAUAGUGAGAAAAGCUCUCAACUCUAAAGCAAGACCAAAAAGCACACAAGCUAGACCUCAAUACAUAUCAAAAGAUCAAGAAAAGGAAAGAAAAGAUACUCAAGAACACUCAUCUAAAGCUAGGUGUGCUCGGUCAUUGGUCAAUGGAGCAGCCAAGAGUAAGCUCAAUAUUAACAAACAGAAGGUGGAUACACAGAGGAGUCUAAGUGGGAUUAGACCAAAUAGCAGCAACAAGACAGCAAAAAACAUCCCAAAUAGGAGUUUAGCGGUUAGGCGUUCUACGGUUGAGAUUGCUUUGUGAGCCAUUCACCGUCUCAGCUAGUUCUUUGCGUUUGUGUUUCUAUGCUAUAAUGAUCAUUAGUAUAUUAUACCAUAGAAAGACAAAUAUAAUAAAACAAUCAAAGCAUAUGCCC